AUGGACCAGAUCAUAUCUUUAUUUGUUAUAAUUGUUUCCAUGGAAUUACUAUGCUAUCUUCAACCUACACUUUCAGCUCCAAUCCAAAUCUAUGAAAAGCUGGAGAAGACUGAGUCAAGUCUUCCAAAUCCAGAAGACAAUCCUACCACAAAACAGGAAGAUUCUGGAUCUCUUGUGGAAUGUACAGUGAUCCCAAAUCGGCCCGCCUUGGCAAAAAUUGUUGUUGAAGGAAGUAUAGCUUUCUCUUUCGCUCUCCUCAUUGGAAUUGCCGCGUGCUGUUUCCUUAGUUUCCACCAAGAUAAACUGAGGAAAGUAGGCCCUAUCAUCAAGCAAUACGCCAAAAAAAAUUACUUUUUGAGGCAAAUCCAGAAAGAAAAAGAAGCAGCUAGAAAGAAGCUAAAGCAAGAACAUAAGAAAGAUCACAUUGAAGUUGAGGAGAAAGAAUGGAAGAGAAGGAAUAAAUUGAAAAGAAAAAAGCAAAAAGUUGAGGAAGAAGAUGAAGAUGAUGAUAAUGAAGAAGAAGAAGAAAGAACGAAAAGAGGAAAAAGGAGAAAAAAACAGGCCAAGAAACAUGCUGUGAAGAAACACGUUGGUAAAAUUAAGAAAGCUGCGAAACCAAAAGUCAUUAAAAAGCAUGUUGGCAAAGUGAAGAAGAUGGCAAAAUCACAGGCCAAGAAACAUGUCCAUAAGAUGAAGAAAGUUGCAAAGUCCAAGGCUGUGAAGAAACACGUUGGUAAAAUUAAGAAAGCUGCGAAACCAAAAGUCAUUAAAAAGCAUGUUGGCAAAAUGAAGAAAGUUGCAAAGUCCAAGGCUGUGAAGAAACACGUUGGUAAAAUUAAGAAAGCUGCGAAACCAAAACAUGUGGGUAAAAUUAAGAAGGCUGUGAAACCAGAAGUCAUGAAGAAACAUGCUGGAAAGAUAAAGAAGGCAGCAAAAUCAAAGUCUGGAGAAGCUAGAAAAAUGACAAAAAGAGCCAAGGGCAGGACCGAUGAAAAGAUGAAAAAAGCAUCAAAGAAGGACAACAAAAUAAAGCUGAUCCAG